CCUGAGAGAUGAAGGGAGGUUUGAUGGCAGCUCUGUCUGAGAACGUGUUGACAGUCAACAUGUUACUGAGUGUCUUCUUUCUUCCAGGUAUUUAUGCUAAUAGUUGUGGUGGGAAUAUACCGUUCAUCACCAUUACUACACCAAAGCCGACUGCAGCACUGAGCGGAUCUUGCUUGAACGUCCCAUGUAGCUUCACAGCUGCACCAGGAAGCAAAGUAUUUGACAGUAGUAAAAAAACCCGUGGAGCAUGGAUUAAAAAUGGAAAUGAUAUUUAUAACAUCAAUAAUGGGGUUGACACAAAUUUAGUAAAUAUUACUGGAAACCUGAUUCAGAAAAAUUGCACCUCUCUGUUUUCUGAUAUAAAAACAAGUCAAGCAGGCAAAUACUUCCUCAGAAUCGAGAAUGGUGACUUAAAGGGAACAGCUUGUUCUGAUCCGCUUCAGAUAACAGUUGAAGAUUCUCCUUGGAGUCCCAACAUUAACAUCUCUGGUGGUGAUCUGAAGGAGCAUCAGUCUGUCACUAUAACCUGCUCAGCUUUGACUCCCUGUCCACACUCACCUCCUGAACUCACCUGGAAUCUCCAACAAGACUCUCACAGACAAACAGAGAAAAACACAGAUGGAACCUUUACAACUAAAAUCCAGGAGAACAUCACUCUGUCAGACACACAUGAUGGAUACAUCAGAUGUUCUGCCAGAUAUCCUGUGAAUGGAGGAAACAAGACAGCAGAGACAGCAGUGAUUCUCAGUGUUUCAUAUGCUCCUAGAAACACCUCAGCAUCCAACAGUCCAUCAGGUUUGGUGUCAUCAGGUAGCUGGGUGGAGCUGAACUGCUCCAGCAGAGCCAAGCCUCCUGCCAGCUUCACCUGGUUCAGGAACAGCAAACAUGGAGCCAUUAAUGUAUCUGUGGGUCAGAUUUACAGCUUCAAUGUUACUGAGGGAGGAGAGUUUUACUGUGUGGCUACAAAUGAUCUGGGUAAUGAGACGUCAUCAAGGAUCUGUGUUGGUGUUAAAGAUUCUCCUUGGAGUCCCAGCAUUAACAUCUCUGGUGGUGAUCUGAAGGAGCAUCAGUCUGUCACUAUAACCUGCUCAGCUUUGACUCCCUGUCCACACUCACCUCCUGAACUCACCUGGAAUCUCCAACAAGACUCUCACAGACAAACAGAGAAAAACACAGAUGGAACCUUUACAACUAAAAUCCAGGAGAACAUCACUCUGUCAGACACACAUGAUGGAUACAUCAGAUGUUCUGCCAGAUAUCCUGUGAAUGGAGGAAACAAGACAGCAGAGACAGCAGUGACUCUCAGUGUUUCAUAUGCUCCUAGAAACACCUCAGCAUCCAUCAGUCCAUCAGGUUUAGUGUCAGCAGGUAGCUGGGUGGAGCUGAACUGCUCCAGCAGAGCCAAGCCUCCUGCCAGCUUCACCUGGUUCAGGAACAGCAAACAUGGAGCCAUUAAUGUAUCUGUGGGUCAGAUUUACAGCUUCAAUGUUACUGAGGGAGGAGAGUUUUACUGUGUGGCUACAAAUGAUCUGGGUAAUGAGACGUCAUCAAGGAUCUGUGUUGGUGUUAAAGAUUCUCCUUGGAGUCCCAGCAUUAACAUCUCUGGUGGUGAUCUGAAGGAGCAUCAGUCUGUCACUAUAACCUGCUCAGCUUUGACUCCCUGUCCACACUCACCUCCUGAACUCACCUGGAAUCUCCAACAAGACUCUCACAGACAAACAGAGAAAAACACAGAUGGAACCUUUACAACUAAAAUCCAGGAGAACAUCACUCUGUCAGACACACAUGAUGGAUACAUCAGAUGUUCUGCCAGAUAUCCUGUGAAUGGAGGAAACAAGACAGCAGAGACAGCAGUGACUCUCAGUGUUUCAUAUGCUCCUAGAAACACCUCAGCAUCCAUCAGUCCAUCAGGUUUGGUGUCAGCAGGUAGCUGGGUGGAGCUGAACUGCUCCAGCAGAGCCAAGCCUCCUGCCAGCUUCACCUGGUUCAGGAACAGCAAACAUGGAGGCAUUAAUGUAUCUGUGGGGCAGGUUUACAGCUUCAAUGUUACUGAGGGAGGAGAGUUUUACUGUGUGGCUACAAAUGAUCUGGGUCAUCACACAUCUUCAAUGGUCAGUCUUCAAAUUAAGGAUUCGCUGAAUCAGGGUCUAAUGUGGGUGAUAAUCUCAGCAGGAGUUACUGCAGCCAUCUGCCUUGUUGCUUGCCUGGUUGUGUCAGUUUGGUGCUUUAGGUCCAAACAUCCAACUCAACAACAGACUCGGAGUCAAACAAGUGUGGAGGUUUACGAUCAGAUAUCAGACAGUUAAACAAAGGCUGAACUC